AUUCAAUACCAAGCAAACAAAUAAACACGCUGUUCAAAAUGGCGAACAUGUCUUUCCAGAGGGACGAAAUAGAUCUUCGCGAUGCGAUCGAAAUUCAUAAAGGAAAACAGCUUUUCCUGAAACAUAUUGCAAAGAUGGUAAUACUGGUGCAGCUUCCUACGCUUAAAACUCCAGGAUACAGCAUAUCUAACUGGGAAAUAAUGGAGAAACUAAAAUCUUCGAUUUGCCCAAAUUUAUUUUCAUACAUCAAGGUCACGAAAACUUCCCUUGAGUUCUUGCACUUUGAAGCUGAAGCCGAAUCGAAAGAGCUAUUGCAAAAAUUUAUUAACGUUCUUGACGGUAAAGGGAUUAAACUAAGUGGAAUAGCAGAGCCACUGAAGGUGAAGGCUGGCAGAGCAAAAAUUCCAUUUCCAAAGAAGCACGACUGGAUAAUAUUUUUUAGAGACUCAAACUCUAUGGACGAGUCAAAGCCUGGUGAGCGCCCAGACACGAUGCAUGUAAAAGGGCUCCCUAUUAAAUGGUUUGCUAACGAAAACAAAGGCACUAAAGAAGUCCCCGUAAGGGAGACUGUUUGUGAAUGUUUUGAAAAUUUUGGACCAGUUCGAAAUAUUGACAUUCCUAUGUUGGACAAAUACAGAUCUAGGAUGAUGUUACCAAGCAGUGAAGAUAGCAUGGGUUUCAAAACUUUUAACUUUGGCUCAAACCUUUAUUUUGAUGUCUUUGUUCAGUUCCAUGACUAUACUGGAUUUGAAAAGGCAAUGCUUGCAUUUAAGGGAAGAAAGCUGGCUCACAUUCUAGAAGAUGAAAAAAUUGCAGCAGCAACAUUGAUUGUUGACUUUGAUAAAACAUGUCAUUUAAGUGAGAGGAACAUUAGUAGAAGAGAACUUCUUCGGAAAAGAUUGAUACAGCAUGAUGAAGAACAACAGAGGCUUGUAGAGAAAGAAAGAUUGGAAGAGGAGAGGAAUAAGGAAAUGGAGAGACAGAAAGCAAUUGAAGAGGAAAAAGAAAGGCAAAGAAAAAUUGAAGAGGAGAAACAAAUCAAAAAAAGAAAAGAAGUCAGACAGAAAGAAAAAAGGAAAGUAUCAAAAUUAAAGAUUAAAUUUUUAAGAGAACAGAAAAGGAAGCAUUUAAGAUCUUUGGAAAAACAACAGCGCCUAAUCAAUCUAAAGAUGAAAAAAGAUGCAAAAAGACUUAUUAUUACAUUACUAAAAAUAGUUUCUGAGAAAAAAAGCCAAGAAAAACUUGAAAGUAGAAAACGUAAAAAGGAACUAAAGAUAUUACAUGAACUAGAGAGAAAGAGAUUAAAGCGUGAAGCAGAAGAAAAAUUAGCCAUUGAGGAAAAAUUUAAACAAAGAGAAGCACUGGAAAGUAAAGAAAAAGAUCUUAGAGAAAAACUUAUUAAAUCUUUACAGGAAAUUGAAGAAACAAAGGAAGAAUUACAAAGAGAACAACUUAGAAGAAAGCUUUCAAGUGGAAAUGAGCAACUUGUCUCUGUUGUCAACUGUACAGCAAAUGAAUAAGUUACAAUAUGAGCAUUUUUGAAGUUUAACUUAGCUUGGUAAAUCCUUGGCUAUUUAUUUACAAAUAAAUUUAAAAUUCAAUUUUACUUCAUUGUUUUGUAACAAUUCAGGAAUUCAUUUUAUUUGUCCUAGUUGGAAUGUGUCUUCUCCUUGACUAAAGAUAACAAACUAACGGUGUUCAAGAUAUUAGGGUUGGAAAUAAUUUCAGUUCAUAUUGCAUCAUAUAAAAAUGUGAAAGAAUAUAAUAUUGCAAACUUUUUUCAAAUAUAUAUUAAUAUAUAUGAUGCUACAUUUGCUACAAGUUUUGCCAACACGUUUCACAGUCCUUUUCUGGCUAAAGCAAUAAAACUUUGCUUAUAAUAGUUGGUCUGAGAGCUAAAUUUCAUUUCACAUGACCCAAAUUCCACUAAAAGGCACAUGUCCUGAUGCAUUUUGCUGGCAAUUUGAAUUUCCCAGUAGACCUUUUGUUAUGUACAAAUUGACAACAUAAGGCAUUGUUUUCUCAGUCAUAAACAUGCUGCAAAGCUAAUUGCUGAUUUCUGAACAAUGGACUAACGAGACAUAGUGCCUCAAAAAACCAUUCACUUUUGAGACAGAAUUGUAAAUAAAAAGGAGAAUGAAAAUGGGAAGCCAUUUUUUUAAACAAAUUUUGAUUGCAUAUGUUUAAUUUUGUUUAGCUUGCAAACUGUGGAUUAAUGAAAGAGAUUGGGAAUCUGUGGUUAGAUUGAUACCCUUUCUGUGUUCCUUAGGCCCUUGAAGGCUUUGAAAGCCAUUGCUUUAAAUAAACUUGACACAUCUGGUAUCAGGCCUUGCCCGGAAAGGUGCUCAAUCGAGCGCGCGCGCCUAGAGCGCACCCAAAAAGAGCCUUGGAGAGCGAUUUAUAGAGCCCCUCAAAACGUAAAAACAAUAUAAACACGGAGCAAAAUAUAUUUCUGGACUUUGUUGAAUCAACUUGAUCAAGCAUAAACAAUCUUCCCAACAGACCGCAAUAUUAUGAUUUGCGUAAGAUUACCCUUUGAGAAAAAAUUCAGCAAAUUCGACGUUGGGUUUUCGAUAUCAUUUUUAAUCUAAUAACCCUCUAAUAACCAGCAAGGACACAGGCCAUCAAGCGUAUUCUCCGGCAGAUUUAUUUGAUUUUCGAGCAAGCGUUAAUCUUCUAUUGAAGUAUAUAUUAUUUUCUGUUUUUUUUUAAUAACUUAAAAUCGCCUGUGCAAAUCAGCGCUCACGUUUCCGUCCAAAUUAUCGCAUUGCUUUUCUUUUUUCAUUUGCUUUUGCGAUUAGUAGAUGUUCUAGCGUUUCUUAUAGAAUGGAUAACAUGAAAAAAGGUAACAAAGUUGAAUGUUCGAUUUAAAGCCAUGCGUUUUGAUGAAGCAAUAAAUGAAGCUGAACAUAACAGUAGUGAUACUGACACUGACAAAAGCUCAUCGAAUGAUGGCAAUUUACAUCUAGAAAAAUCUGAUCAUUUUGAGACUUUGUUUUAUUAUAUUUCUAUAUUUAUAUUAACAUAGUGUUUGUUGCAUGUUUUGUUAUUUCAUAUUAUGGUGCUUUUUGGUAUCACCGUUGAAUUUCAUAUUAUUUAACAUUCUUCCGAAGCUUUCGAUAUGAAGCUCUCGAUCUCCUAAAACUCUCGAAGGACUGGAAGGAUGCUCUCAAGGACAUUUACUUAGAGGUGCGAAAUAAAGCACCUAGAGUUUCUAAGGGGCACUUUUUAUGGAGCAGCUUCAUUUUACUUAGAGCAAGGCCUGCUGGUAUGAUCUACCAAUCACUAGA